AUAUAAAAAAUAACUUGGCGCCAUCCCAGAUAAAAUGCAUCAGUGUGCAACCCAAAAAAAUGUUUAAAGGUGAUAUGUCAGUGUGGCUUGCCGUAAACGCAUUUUCUCUCAAUGCCGACGGUGGCGGGCGGUGUGCAAAGAAGAUCAUGCCUACGUAGGACAUGUCUGGAGGUGUCUUUCCAAGGACCAUUCUUCGUAUCGCCCAAAUCGGCUUUGUGAAACAGUUGAGCGAUAUCUCGUUCUUACGUAGAAUGGUUCUACGAAAGACCAUUUCAUGCAACAGGCCCCAGUAGCACGUCACUGAGCUAGCUGAGCUAGCGCUAGCUGACAAGACUGUCAUCAAUAUUGGCUGUAGGUGGCGCGCUAGCAAUUUUGGCGCGCUACACUUUUUGGAUGCACGCACAUUACAUGAUCAAAGGAUUCUUUCAGGAAGAAUUUUUCUUUUGCGAGGAUUUGUAGGAAAAUUUUCAUUUCAUACUCUGUUAAGCAGAUGUUGUGCUAGUAUGGCGAACAUUGCGGUCGAUAAAGAUGCAUUCUACCGGCGAAUGAAGAAAAUAUACGAUGAAUGGGAGAAUGAAGCAGAGAAUAGCAAGCUGCACUCCUUGGAUGCUAUCGCUUCAGCGGUUGGUGUUGAUGAGGAUAUAGUGUAUGCAAAGUCAACUGCUCUUCAGACAUGGCUGUUUGGCUACGAGCUUACCGAUACCAUCAUGGUACUCUGCAAAGAGCACAUCUACUUCCUAGCCAGCAAGAAGAAGGUGGAGUUCCUGCGUCAGGUUGCUUCCAACCGAGAGAAGGAGAACCAGAAUGGGGUGCCCCAGAUCACUCUCCUGACCCGAGAGAAGGGAGAUUCCAACAAAGCAAAUUUUGAGAAGUUGGUAGCUGCUAUCAAAGGAAGCCAGGAGGGCAAGAAAAUUGGUACAUUCCAGAAGGACAAGUUCCCAGGUGACUUCAUGGAGGGAUGGCGGACAGCGCUAACCAACGGAGGCUUCCAACAGGUUGAUAUCAGCCCAGACUUUGCCCGUAUGAUGGCUGUGAAGGAGGAGAAAGAGAUUAAUAUGAUCAAGAAAGCUUGUCAGGUGACCUGUGAUGUAUUCACCAAGAAACUCAAAGAGGACAUCAUGGAGAUUGUUGAUGCUGACAAAAAAGUAAGACACAACAAGCUUGCUGAGAGUUUAGAACAGGCCCUGGAAGAGAAGAAAUACUUGGGUGGUGUGGAUCCAUCACAAGUUGAGAUGUGCUAUCCUCCCAUCAUUCAAAGUGGAGGCAUCUAUAAUCUCAAGUUUAGCGUGGUCAGCGAUGAGCACAAGAUGCACUUUGGUGCUAUCACAUGUUCCAUGGGUGUGAGGUACAAGUCCUACUGCUCCAACAUAGUUCGGACCAUCUUGGUGGAUCCUACAGACCAGCAGCAAAAGAUCUAUCAGCUUCUGUUAGAAGUAGAGGAAGCAGUACUUCAAGAACUCAAGCCAGGUGCGAAGGCCUGUGAUGUAUUCAAUGCAGCGGUCAACCUGGUCAAAGAGAAGGAUUCUAAACUUGUAGGAAACUUGACAAAGAAUGCAGGGUUUUUGACAGGUAUUGAAUUCCGUGAAGGCACCAUGGUACUCAAUGCCAAGACAGAGGAAACGGUCAAGAAAGGGAUGAUAUUCAGUAUUAACGUCGGCUUCUCGAACCUGGAGAAUUCGGCAGGGAAGGACUCGGCUAGUAAGAAGUACGCCCUCUUCAUUGGAGAUACUGUUAUGGUGAAUGAGGAAGGACCUGCCAAAUUACUUACACCAGUCAAGAAAAAAGUCAAGAAUAUUGGUAUAUUCCUCAAGGGUGAAGAUGAGCAAGAGGAGGAUAAGGAAGAACAAAAGAAGGAACAGGAACAGCUUCUUGGUAAAGGGAUGAGAAGAGCCGUCCUGGAGAGCAAACUAAGGACGGAGACAUCAUCAGAAGAGAAACGUAAACAGCGCCAGCGUGAGUUGGCCCAUGAGAUGAAUAGAGAAGCAAGAAUGAGAUUAGCCCAGUCAAAAGAUACAAAGAGUGAAGUCAAGGUCCAGAAAUCUAGUAUUGCCUAUAAGAACCUCUCACAAAUGCCUCGGGAACCAGACAUCAGGAAGUUGCGGAUCUUUGUCGACAAAAAAUAUGAAUCUGUCAUCCUGCCUGUCUUUGGUGUAGCAACACCCUUUCACAUAUCCUCAAUCAAGAACAUAAGUCAGAGUGUUGAAGGUAACUACACCUAUCUCCGUAUCAACUUCCAUCAUCCCGGCAGUGCCAUGGGAAGAAACGAGGGCAACGUCUUCAGCAACCCUGAGGCAACUUUCAUCAAAGAACUAACAUACAGGAGUUCAAACAUCAAGGCUCCGGGUGAGUCAACCAUUCCAUCAGCAAACCUCAACCUUGCAUUCCGUCUCAUCAAAGAUGUACAAAAGAAAUUCAAGACAGAAGAGGCAGAAAAGAGGGAAAAGGAGGGUAUUGUGAAACAAGACAAACUUGUCAUCAAUCCCAACCGUGGCAACCCUAAACUGAAGGAUCUUUACAUCAGACCAAACAUUGUUCAGAAGAGAAUGCAAGGAUCGUUAGAAGCACAUGUCAAUGGCUUCAGGUAUACCUCAAUGCGUGGAGAUAAGGUUGAUAUCCUUUACAACAACAUCAAACAUGCCAUCUUCCAGCCUUGUGAUGGAGAAAUGAUCAUUGUCCUUCAUUUUCACCUCAAGAAUGCUAUCCUGUUUUCAAACAAACGUCAUACCGACAUUCAAGUGUAUACUGAAGUUGGAGAAAUCACCACUGAUCUGCUCAAACAUCAUAAUAUCCACGACAGGGAUGACAUCGCCAGUGAACAGGCUGAAAGGGAGCUGAGGCACAAGCUCAAAUCUGCCUUCAAGAACUUCAUUGAGAAGGUUGAGAGUCAGACCAAAGGAGAUAUUGAGUUUGAGGUUCCAUUCCGAGACCUUGGUUUCCCAGCCGUGCCCCAUAGGAGUACUGUCCUUCUUCAACCAACCAGCAGUUGUAUCAUCAAUGUCACAGAAUGGCCACCUUUUGUGAUCUCCUUAGACGAGGUUGAAUUGGUCCACUUUGAGAGAGUACAGUUCCACAUCAAGAACUUUGACAUGCUCUUCAUCUUCAAAGACUAUGCCCGUAAGGUAGCUAUGGUGAAUGCCAUCCCCAUGAACCUCCUGGAUCAGGUCAAGGAUUGGCUCAAUUCUUGCGACAUCAAGUACACCGAGGGUGUUCAAUCUCUUAAUUGGCCCAAGAUCAUGAAGACCAUUGUGGACGACCCUGAUGGGUUCUUUGAAGGGGGUGGAUGGAGCUUCUUGGAGCCAGAAUCAGAGAAUGAGCAAGAUGAUGAUGAUGAAGAAGAUGAUGGUGCCUUUGAGCCGUCUGGAUCAGAGUUUGAAGAGAGCGAGUCAGAGAGUGAAUACAGUGAAGGCUCCGAGGAGGAGUCAGAAAGUGACUAUUCAGAGGAGCUUGGGAGCAGCGAAGAGAGCGGAAAGGACUGGGAUGAGUUGGAAGAGGAGGCAGCAGCAGCCGAUCGACGGAAAGACCUCAACAUGGAAGACGAGACCACCACCUCCAAGAAGGGUAGCAAGCGCCCCCCUCCACCACCACCUCCCAAGAGGAAACGAUCGGGCGGUGGUAGGCCCUCGCCUGCCAAGAAAUCAAGACGUCGUUGAGAAUUUAAUCAGUGUCAGCGCACAUCCAAACCAUCCGAGCCUGAGGGAAUAGUUUGAAUACAAAGAGUAGUACAGUGAAACCUGUGUAUGGAUACCACCUAAGGGAAAUAAGACAUGUGGUCUUUGUGAGCAGGUGGCCUUUGUGGAAAGGUUCCUAUAAUGCACGUUUCAGUGGGGGAACUGAUCAAGGGAAGCAAAAAUUUGUGGUCUUGAUAGACCUUGGCCCGUCUUACAAAGAGCUGUGAUUGAUCCGAUCAACCACAACUAUGGAAAGCCAGUCACGCCAAAGUCUAAAAUGUAUGUUUGUACAAAAUAUUCUCUAGGUAUGAUGUGUACUCAUGCAAUUGCCUUGACAAUUCAAUGUGCUCCUCUUUGUUUACAAAUGACAUUGUGAAAAUUUCCAGUAGGAAAUAUUAUAACGAUGAUGGAUUUCCAUGUAUUAGAGGUUGAUUGGAUCAAUUAAAACUCUUCGUGGAACACCCUCAGGAGAGGUGCACAGUCAAUAUGUGAGACUGUGUCCCAUCUUAGAGCAGAGACUUUUGUCAAUCAUUUUUUGUAUCUUGGAUCGUGUAACAUAAAGUUUAUCAAUCAAUCGUAGACCCAAUUUCUAUGAUUGAUUACAAUGAUCAUAGUUUACAAUAAAUCAGCCCCACAAUAAAUUGCUAAGCUGUAUGAUGAGGGGCCUGGGACAAUCUUCGGUUUUAGAGAUCAAUAUCAUUGUUUGCAUACUGCCUCAAAUAAAUGUGAGUAGCCGAUUCCUUAUGAAAAAUGACCCCUUUUCACAGACUUCGAGAGAAAUCAUGUACUUUUUAUAUCAUUCACAUACACACAAAUAAAGAUCUGACCUCAGGUACACAGAAUUUUGGUUGAGGUAAAUUGUUUUGUUAUUCGCAUUUCUUUUUUUUUUCUGCAAUGCAAAGCAAAUCUUAGCCACACAAAUCUCUGGGAGAAAAUCUCCCAUACUGGAGAGAAACUGAAUAUUUGCCUUGGAAUUUUUCUUACAUGAAGACAUAAAAUGAUCCUAUAUUCUUAUUGACCAGGAAAGGUACAAGAAAAAUAAAAUGAAUUGCUCAUAAGUAAGGAUAUAACCAAUGAAUGUUUUCCUUGGUGUUUGUCAGGGCAAAGUUCUACGCUGCAAUGUUGUAAUGGCAUGGAUUCAACUCCUGCUCUUGUCAUACUUGUUGGCUAUUAAUUGAUAAUACUGUCUAUUUUGUUGAUAUUAGAUCGGACAAAAUUGAAUCUUUAUAAAAAAAAACCUGAAGUCAACUAAAAUAUUAAUUUGGUCUGGUGGCCUAAAUGGCAGCUGGGCAUAUUAAUGAAUUUGGCCAAAACUUAAUUUAUCAUGGUUGGAUCCUCAUAAAAAUAGAUUGUUCCAGUGAGGCAGACAAGUUGACUGUGUCGUCACAAAUUUGUGGGUUUUUUUUAUGAUACCUCCGAUAUCAUGCUCUUGUAUAUAAUUUUGAAUAUAUUCAAUGAUCAUGAUUGCUAGCUCUGAUUUCAUAAUCAUACUCAUUCUAAAAAAAAAAUAAAUUGAUCUUAUAUUAACAGCGGUCUCUUUAUCAAAUAUUUACAAUGGAUGGAAUUAUUUAUGCAGAUUAUUCUUGAACGAAAAAACAAAUGAGGGAGACCUUGAGCUGUACAUAUCAUAGAAUGCUGACAAUUUUGUAUGAAGAAUUUUUUUUCAUGUAUACAACAAUUUGUAACAUUCGUGUUUGUCAAAACAACCAUGAGUUCAAUGUAUAGUUAAGUUCAUUGUAUUGGUAAAUGUGUUGUGAAGUUCCUAUAUUUUCAUGUACAUGGUUCGUGAAAUUUCAUGUCCAAAUAAAUGGAGAUUUUGGGAAAAAC